GGUUGUGAGCCACCAUGUGGUUGCUGGGAUUUGAACUCAGGACCUCUGGAAGAGCAGUCAGUGCUCUUAACCGCUGAGCCAUCUCACCAGCCCUGAUUCCCAACUUUUAGUUGAAGUACCAAGAAAGGAAAUGCUUGCUGCCCCGACCUGAGUCCAGCAGUUGCUCACGUUUUACCACCUUUACUGUGACUGCAAGUUACACUCUUCAGAUGGCUCCACACUGAAGCCAUUUCUCACACAUCUCUGAAAAGCAGUGACCUUCUACAUCAAAAUGUCACUGUGGCUCUUCUCCUUUCCUCUGCCAUCGUGUGCAGUACGCCUGACUCGACUUCUCGCCAUGUCUUCUCACAAGACUCUCAGAAUCAAGAGAUUCCUGGCCAAGAAACAAAAGCAAAAUCGUCCUGUUCCUCAGUGGAUCUGGAUGAAAACUGGUGACAAAAUCAGGUACAACUCUAAGAGAAGACACUGGAGGAGAACGGAGCUGGGUCUGUAAGGAUUCACAAAGUGGCGAGACUGAGUUGGGGUCAUGGAUCAGUCCUACCAGAUGGAUUUCAACAUUUUUAACCUGGAGUCUUGCUCGUGUCUUAGAGUGUUUGUCCAGUAAUAACAUAUUUUUUUGAAAAAAAAAUGUCACUGUGAUGCCUAAGAUAAUAAAAAUUAGUUUCCUAGACUAAGGUCUAGACUUUAUUCUAGAUUUCUAAAAUCACCCUCAAAUGUUGCUCCUCUCCACCGUUUUGAGCAGGGAUUGGCGGAAACCUUCCAUGUGCUGCUUUUGGGUUAGUGGCCAGUUGUUUUCUUUUCAUCCAGAGUAACUCCCCUGGCUUUUUUGAUAAGGAGCUUGUUACUAUUUACUUGUUUUGAGACUAUAUCACUAUGUAGCCCAGGCUGGGCUUGAACUCUUUGCAGUUCUCCUGCCUCAGCCUGCUAGAUGCUGGAACUACAGGUGUGAACUAGUUUUCGCAUACAGUGUCCCCAUUCUCAAUUUAGGUAAAUGCCUAUUUGUCUCCUUUGGCUCAUUUCCCUGUUCUUAUAUUUCUUACAGGUGGUAAGAUCUAAAGUGUUAGUAACAUUUAGAUUAAAUAUUCCUGGUAAAACUAUUUCCUAGGUGAUUCUGAGAGUUUCCUGUAGUUGGGGCUGGAGAGAUGGCCCAGUGGUUAAGAGCACUGAUUGCUUUUCCAGAAGACCUAGGUUUAAUCACACACACACACACACACACACACACACAC